UUAAAAAUAUCAUACUUGUAUAAUUUUUAUAAAAUUUUUAUUAAAUAAUAAAUUAAAAUUCAUAUUUUGAAAAAAUAAUAUAAAUAAACUCCGUGUCUGCACUGUUCAAAAAUCUACAUAUCCUACUAGACAAUACUUCACGAACUUAUCACAUAUUCGAUUUCUAACAUUGUUCUUAAUGUAGCUCAAAGUAGAAAAGACUCUUUCAACACUUGCCAUGUAACCAUAAAAUCAAUACAAAAUUAAGGGUAGCGUGUACGUAGUUUAAUUAUUAGGUAUUGAAAAUAGUUGGGGAUAAAGAAAUAGCGUUUUACUGUUGCAUGAUGUUUAAAAUAGAAUAACAAAUGAGUAGCAACAUUAUUGGAAUAUGUUUGAUAAUAGUAGUGUCCUAGGUUGGAAUAACACGGACUACCACUUAUAUUUUAUUAAUCAUAAGCAAACUAUUAUCGAGGGUAGGAUAAUCAUUUUUUCAAAUGUUAGGGUGUCCCGGAUUACCAAUUAUAUUUUGUAUAUACAUACGAAAUUACUACCGGAGGUUGGAUAAUCGUUUCCCCAAAUUUUAGGGGUGUCCUAAGAGGCCCAUGUAUCCGCCCCUGCCUAGAAUGCUUAACUUACAUAGCAAUGUUAGUUGUAUAUGAUGAUGUACUGUGGGAUCCCUUAUUAUUUCAGGUAUAGUUGGAUGGACUUAAAUUAUUUUUACACUUGACUAUUUUCAAAUUUAGGAUGGUAGAGUUUUGCACCAGUUUCUCAAAUUUGCCAUGAGUGAAUGUCUAACCAGUGGUUCUGAUUAAAUUGUUGUAGGGGGAUUUGUGUACUUUAGUAGGAACUCUACCUAAAAUUUGCAAUAGGUAAUGGGUUUAGUAAAAUGUUGGGUGAUAAGGAUAACAAUGAUUGUCAGAAAGGCUAGGAAUUGAUACAUUAGUCGUCUACCACUGUUGGCCUAAAUGUUUCGUAGAGGGCCCUUCCUCCGCUCCCUUCAUCUCUAUCGUCGUUCUCCGUCCUCUCCUUUCAUUGGGAAGCCAGGAUCAAACGGUUGUUUUGCAUGUCAGUGGUUGGACGACGUCCAAGUGGAUGUCAGUGGGCAAAUUCAGUGUCGAAUAGGGAUUGUGUCGGAGGUAGCUAGAUCCACCCAUAUCCUCCUGCUCUCCAUGUCUGAGAUUCGACGUCGGCGGCUGUAAUGUUCUAACGAAGAAAUUGGGGUGUUAAAGUGCUUCCUCUAGAAAUGCCACUAUCAACUUCUCUCUGUCGAGGUAAUUUCAGCUACAAACCCAAGCUCGAUUCACGCCAGCAAACGAAAUCACCUUCUGCGUUAUGCGUAUAAAAGGCAGUUUAAAUCACACAAACCCACGAAAGCGUUUCAGCGAAAACUCCACUAGCAGCUUCUCUCUGUCAAGGUAAUUCUCAGCCAUCAACCAGCCAGCUUUUGAUAUUUGUUUCUAUCGGUCUGCCAUUUCGCUUCUUUAUUUUAGCUAUAUGCUUCCCUCCUAUUAUGUUCGUGAAAGGUUUUUGAUUUGUGUCUGAUGGAGCACGAUUGGAAAUCUUAAGAUGAUUAAUUUUAUGCUUUUGUAGCAAUAAGUUAAUCCCUUGAAGAAAUUCUAAUUACUAUUUUAAUUUAAUGCAUAAUUGUUUUAGUUUUGUUUGUAUCUAAUAGUAAACCAAGUUAAUAAUACCAAUAUAGAGAAAUAAUUUUAAGCAAUUUAUGAUACAAUAAAUAGGGCAAAUUCUUUUAAUACGAAACAUGUAUAGGCCGUAGUGAGUUAGGAUAAUCUGAUUAACAAAUAUACAUAUGAACUAAUUGUUAUCAAUGUCACAAUUAUCAAGUAGUGCAAAGAUCACUUUCGAUUAUUAUGAAGUAAUGAAAAAUAAGAUGAAAUCAUCCGACCAACGGGUCGGGUAAAAGCUAGUUUCUUAAUUAUAAAUUGAACUGAAAAGUAAUUGCCAGGGAUAAUUUAUUAAUUUUCCCAUGAUUAGCACCCAAAUUCCUCAUUAACUUUUUGGUAUGCUAGAAAAUCCCUCCUGAUUAAUAAUUGCAAGCACCAAUAUAACCCCCGCGAAAACUUCGAUGAUCAUUAGGUGACUUUACACCACAUAGUUUCUACAGAACCAGAGGUUUUUCCGUUUUCUUCCCCUGAAGAAGAAGAUCCCACAUUGCCGAAACUCUGGAGCUCCUCAACUCCAAGCGAUACCAAAACCCUCCCUCCCUCCCUCGCUAGCCAUGGCGGUCUUGCGGCCAUGGAUCACUUCGUUCCCAAGCAAACCUUUCCUCCAUGGAUUCCGUCCCUUAUUAAAUCACUCCAUUCUGAUUCACAACUCGAGAAAUCAUCCACCAACUUAACUCCCCUGUUUCCCCCUCGUUUUAAGUUGGAAUAAGGGCGAACCCAGCUGGGAAUAAUGGCAAAAGGGAAGACGGGGUUUCCCGUUCUUCUUCUUGUUCAGCUGGUGGCAAUUGUAGCUCUGUCGAUGGCGGCGACUGCGGCGGGUUCUGGACAUGGAGGCGGAUGGAGUUUGAGGAAGGCCAUGUUCUCGAGGGGCGGAGAAUCUUCUUCAGCUUCUUCUUCUUCUUCAAUGGGUUUCAAUCGAGUUGGUUCCUCUGUUGUGUUUCCGCUUCAUGGGAAUGUCUAUCCAAUUGGGUUCUAUAAUGUCACCGUUUACAUAGGCCAACCACCAAAGCCAUACUAUCUUGAUGUGGACACAGGAAGCGACCUCACUUGGCUCCAAUGUGAUGCUCCAUGCGUCCAAUGCAUCGAGGCACCUCAUCCAUAUUACAGACCCUCCAAUAACCUGGUCCCUUGCAAGGACCCAAUCUGUGCAUCCUUACAUCCACCUGGUCACAGAUGUAAAGAGAAUGAGCAGUGUGACUAUGAGGUUGAGUAUGCAGAUGGUGGCUCAUCCCUUGGUGUCCUUGUCAAGGACAUGUUCCUUCUCAACUUCACGAAUGGGAAGUAUCAUAAUCCUCAUCUGGCACUUGGAUGUGGAUAUGAUCAACUUCCAGGGGGAUCAUCAUAUCAUCCUAUAGAUGGAGUGCUCGGCCUAGGCAGUGGGAAAUCUGGAAUCCUGUCUCAGCUCAGCAGUUAUGGUCUGGUGAGGAAUGUAGUAGGCCAUUGUUUAAGCGCGAGAGGUGGAGGGUUUCUCUUUUUCGGUGAUGAUGUUUAUGACUCGUCUCGAGUAGCUUGGACACCAAUGUUGCGCCACGAUUCAAAGCACUACUCUCCUGGAUAUGCAGAACUUGUAUUUGGCGGGAAGGCAACUGGGGUGAAAAAUCUCCUCGUAGCAAUAGACAGCGGGAGCUCCUAUACUUACUUCGGCUCCCAAGCAUAUCAAGUGUUGAUUCAGCUGUUGAUGAAAGAACUCUCUGGGAAGCCAUUGAGAGAAGACUGGGAUGACCGUACUCUUCCAGUGUGCUGGAGAGGGCAGAGACCAUUUAAGACCAUAAGAGAUGUGAGGAAGUACUUCAAGCCUCUGGCACUGACCUUCAAAGGCGGUUGGAGGUCCAGAACUACAUACGAAAUGCCCCCGGAAUCCUACCUCAUAAUCUCGUCCAAGGGAAACGUUUGCCUGGGGAUCCUAAACGGGACCGAGGUGGGCUUGCAAGACCUGACGAUCAUUGGAGACGUCUCGAUGCAAGAUAGAAUGGUGAUCUAUGACAACGAGAAGCAAAUGAUUGGAUGGAGCGCCGCAGCCAACUGCGAUCGACUUCCAAGCUCCUCCUCCAGCUACUGAGGAUGAAUGAUUUGAGAGGGGAAUCAUUGAUCAUUUGCUUCACUGUAGAUGAUGAUGUGAUAAGUUUAUAUAGACCAUAAAAAUUGGCUCAAUACAUGAUAACAUAAAUAAACACCUCACCUCUUCUGUAGUUGAGUUUCAUCACUUUCUCAGCAGAACGCAGAAUGCAAGACGAUAAAUCAUAUUCUCAUACUAGUUAGAAUAACCACGUGCCGCUAGAUGGUUGGAGGAAUACGUGGAGUAUAUUCGACAUGGUGAAAAGAGGAUCGUGUUCAUGGGUGAUGCUACUAGCUGGUGAGAAGCACAGAAAGAGAAAUGGAUGACCCGUCGGGCCGGAUAACUGGAUGAAGCGAAACAGUUGGGCCGGGUCGAUUGUGCAUUUGUGGGCCGAGAGCGCAACAAGUCGGCCCAUUUGAUGGCCAAUAACUUUUGUGAAUGGGAAGAUGAAGAAAUCUGAACAAGCAGACUACCUAUUUUUCUUAUACCUCAAUUGAGAAUUGAUAUAUCGAACAUUUCUACUACUGCUCAAUAAAAUUUCAUAUGCAUUAAUUAAUAAAUAAAUAAAUAAUAAUAAUAAUAAACGAGUGAAGGAAAUUAUGCAAUCGUCUCGAUUUUCAUUCAUACGAGUAAAAUAGUUGAAUAAGUGCCAAACUUCAUCGUCUAACAAGACUGUUCGACAAAAUCGUCAGCUAUGUACAUGAGUGGUACUUUGACUGAGUAACUACAUUUUGUUCGAGUUACAUACAAACAAAUACAAGAAUGCUGAUCCGUAAGUUUUCGUAACCCAAUCAUGUAUGAUGGAAUUUAUCAAGGAUUUAAUUUAAGCAAUGUUUUAGAAAGCGUACCCUAUCGUUCAUUUCGGACCGGGAAUACCGGAUACCUGAUGUCAAAUGAUAGGCGGUUUUUAGCUGUAUGAAACGGCUGGACCACAGUUAAACCAAAAUUUCAGUACAAAAUACUCUAUCACUAAAUUUUCCUAUAUGACCUCCAGUAGAGUUUCACAAUAUAUUUAAUUAGAAAAUAUUAUUAAAAAACAACUUAGUUUUGGAUAAGUAUAAGUAUAAUCCAUAGAUAAAGCAAAACAAUUAAGUAACUAACCGAAGAAACUUUAUGAUAACCA